AUGGAACGGUCUGGAUGUGUCGUUAUGGGGGGCCAGCAUGACAGUUCGAUGGAAUGGGAGGAGAGAGUGGAUACCCUGGUCGACGACUUCGUCAAAGCCCGCCAACAACGAUCGGAGGCAUUCCUCUCCGAAACGAGAAGGGAGCUCGCUAUGCUGAUCCUCAAAUCCCUCUCUGACAGCAUCGACAAGUUGAAGUGCGGAGAGGCAAACUGGGAGCGGACAUUGCACAGGUGCCUCACAACGGAGAAGACACGCAAGAUCCUACCAGCAACGGAGCCGGGAGCCUUGUUGAAAGAGAUCGACUCCUUCGGAGAACUCCAUCAAUUUGUCGAGCAAGCAUUGGGUUCCAGCAUGGCUGGGCUAGAGCUCCAGGAAGCCGUUGGUGGUGGGCAUAUCGGGGAGUUGACGAGCACCAAGACUGAAGGCGACCGUCCCUUGAUGCUGCCAUUUAGCAUUCCCAUCGCUUCGGAUACCGAUAGGAAGUGGAAGAGGAAGAACGUCUUUGACCAGGAACCCUCUGCUCCUCCGGCAAAGCGAGCUGAGCUGAGCCCACAACAUCCUUCCAACCCACUGUGGUAUGACCUGAUUGAGAAAAGGAAAAAGGGACUGUUGAAACGAUAA